GAGAGAGAACAGAUCGCGUCUGUGAUGGCAAGCAAUGACGAGAACCUGGAAGGAGAGCUACACGGGCAGAAAACUAGACACAAGAACGACCGAGACCUCCUCCUCGCGUUCUCUAACGCCGCGCUAUGUACACCUCCACUCGCCGUCUCUAUCCCUCGCCAUGCUCGCGAGCUCCACCGCCGUCCCGAGCUCGUCGAGCGCCGUCUAGUCCCUGUACGGCUCGGACGCCGGCGCGC